GCAACCCUGGGCAUUGUUGAGCUGAGGAGGCGAAGCGCACUCCUCUCCCGCUUGCAUUUGUUCGUGCAGGCGCGUUGAGUGCGGGAUGUUGUGCUCCGUUCAAAGGCCCUGAUUGUUAUUCACGAGAGUGUGCAUUGCGGCAGCGAUCGCUGCAGGCUGUCGAGCAGAGUCACCGCUCGAAGUUGAAGCACGCUCAAGGAGCAGGCUAUGGGAUACACCAGGACUACAUAGCAAUCUCCUCGCAUCGGUUCCCGACUGUGCCUGCACGCUACUCGAGUCUGACACGCGCGCGCCUCUCCCUGUGGCGGCCUGGCCCCUCGCGAUCGCCUCGAAAGACGCCGCCGAGCAAUGGGGAAGCAGAACAUGUUUGUGUUCGUGGUCGCCGCUCUGGUCGCGAACUUGUGGCACGGCGCCGAAGCGCAGAGCAGUGAACCCGGCUGCUCGGGCGUCAAGUACGCCUUCCAAGGGAAAGGAUUCGAAAACGACGUCCCUUCGCGGGCCAUCUCAGGCGAGCACCUCCAGAUCUGCGAGCGCUCGCUGACCUGCUGCACCCAGGAGAUGGAGCACCUGCUCAGCACCCAGAGCCGGGAGGAGUUCGAGCGCGUGCUUCGCGAUGAGAUCGGCAAAGUGCGCGCCAAGUUCGCCGCCCGCAUGCAGAGGUUCGACGAGUUCUUCAAGGAGCUGCUGAAGACGUCCAAGAAGGACUUCCACGGCAUGUUCCUGCGCACGUAUGGCAUGCAGUAUGACACCAACUCGUACAUCUUCCACGACAUGUUCGACCAGCUGGAGAAGUACUACCGCACAGGCGGCGUCGACCUGGUGGACGCGCUGGACGGCUUCUUCCUCGAGCUGUACCGCAAGAUGUUCCAGGUGAUGAACACGCAGUACGCGCUCAGCGAGCGCUACCUGCAGUGCGUCAGCGACUACCGCGACGAACUGCGCCCCUUCGGCGACGUGCCCCAGAAGCUGACGCUCGAGGUGAAGCGCUCCUUUGUAGCCACGCGCACCUUCGUCCAGGCGCUGGCCGUUGGCAGGGACGUCAUACAGAGCGUCAUGGAGGUUGGCCCUUCUGCCAACUGCAGCCAUGCACUCAUGAAGAUGAGCUACUGCCCACACUGCCAUGGCCUACCAAACUUGAAGCCCUGCUCCUCGUACUGCCACAGUGUCAUGCGAGGUUGCCUGGCCCACCACAUGGAGCUCGACAGCGAGUGGGGCUUAUUCAUUGAUGCCCUCAUGAACCUGGCAAACCGUCUGGAGAGUUCCUUCAACAUUGAGUCGGUCGUGAACCCAAUAGGAGUGAAGAUAUCCGAAGCUAUCAUGGAUUUCCAGGAGAAUAGGGCAACUAUUCUGCAAACGCUGUAUGACAAGUGUGGCAGGCUUCGUCUGGCCCGCCGUGGCAGCGGCCAGGAGCUGCACUUUGAGACGCUGAAGUUUGGAGGCACGGGAGGCGGCCAGCAGCCUGCAAUGAGGCCGACCACUGCAGCGGGGACCAGCAUGGACCGGUUGGUGCAGGGCAUCAAGAAACAGAUUCGCGCCACUCGCUCAAUGUGGUCCCAGCUGCCCGAUCGCAUGUGCCGCCAGCCGUCGGCACAGUCACCACCUCCCGAGGAGGAGUGCUGGGAUGGACUGAAUCGUGCAAAGUCUGAAGGAGGAAACCACACAGUGGCAGGAGGCAAAACUCGAGGUUCGCACCAGCAGUUUCAGCAGCAGCCGCACAACAGCCACCACAGGGGUGGUGGCACAGAGUACACAAGUAGCAACGUGGUUAUCAACCAGCUCAUACUCACUCUCAAGAUCAUCACCAACAAGCUGAACCUGGCCUAUGGAGGGCACGAUGUACAGUGGCAAGACACCGCUGAACUCGAUGAUGACAUGGGCAGUGGAAGCGGGAGUGGAAGUGGUGAUGACGAGUACGAACCAGCGCCGACAUCGACGACCCCCGACAUUUUCUUCACCGGCUCGCUGCCAACGUCCGGCACAGUGCCCAAGCACCCCGUGACGCCACACACCAGCUCUGCACACCGUGUGCUGUGUGGUGCCCCUCUAUGGCUCCUGGUCAUCGCUCUGUUGCUCAAGAAAUGCCUGAGCAGCAGCGUCUGACGUUCGUUCCUGAUCCUACACCUCUUCUUCUACUUGGCGGCUGCACUGCCUGCCUGCUGCUAGUGCCUGAGUGGAAAUUAGAAAUGAAGAAGAAAAGAGAGCCUUGUACAACAGCAGUGCAAAGUGACUCUCGUGUGCCGAGUUCUCGUGCCUGUGAUGCAGCGUGGUUGAGACAUCUUCUGGACUCCUGCUGUCGCUUGUCUGUCAAGCGUGAAGCAUUCUGUUGUGGCGCAGUGUGUGCACAAGUCGUGCAUGGCCGUGGAAACUACAGCGCACAGUGCAACGUACUUUCUGGCUCUGGCAUGACCCAGGGGUCAAGUUUAGGUGUGGACACUUGUCAAAGGCGUGAUCAAGACUUGCACGGUGAUGGGACUGACGCGUGUCAAAGCUGGUUUUGUGCGACUGUGCCCUGCUCCUUUUAUUCUUCAAUGUUUCCUUUGGACAUGGACACAUGUCAUAAAUGAACUUGUGUGGAAAGAACAGAGACACCUGUUGCAAAUUGUGAACUCUCUAUGGUUUGUAAUUGCUACCAGUUGCAAACUCGAACGAAUUGAGGACUGAAAAAAAAAAAAAGAUGUAGGCCAUAAUCAUCACAGUGGCAUGCUUCUUUGUCAGUAGCAGAAUGAGUAGCUCAUGCAGCUACAUUUUCUUUUUUUUUCCUUUUUCCACCCAUAAUACAUGCAGAAUCAAAUGUCAGAACCAUACCAUACAGUUUGUGUUAUGGCUGCAUAAGCUAGCACCAUCUUUAAAUGUCCCUGUAACUAAAAGAUAAUAUUUGGCAUCAUUUGUCUGGCUUCCUCAAUACCACAAGGUGGCAUGCUAGCCAUUACUACUAACAAUGAGCAUCGACUCUGUGUAAUUUUCCUUUAGCAAUUUUCAAGUUGUGGCAUACGCUACACUUUCGUUCUCUUAUACAGGACUUCAAGCACUUGGCACUCUACACUUAUUAGUUGUGUUGUGCAUUAGGGUGUCUCAGUCACUUUCUUUUCUAAAUUAGACCAACCUGGUGUUGGUCUAAUUUAUCUGUACUUCGAUUUUUCACUCUAGCAACGAAAAAAAAGGAGGCUAUGUCUCGCUUUCUUUGGGGCUGCAGUUUAUUGUUUCUACAUAGAAGCAGUGAAGAUGUUUCGAAUUCUUAUGUUGGCAUUUCUAGCAUAUCUUGGGUGCAUGUGAUGUUCUUCAUGAAAUAUUACGUAACUUUUAAGUGCCUGAACUGUAACUUACUUCAUUGUUCUGCUGCAACCACAGGAAUAUUUUAUUUACAGGAAUAAUUAAGUUAGUUUCAUUUUUAGCUUAUGGUAUCUUAGCUACAAAUCAGUAUUUAAUUUUUAAAGAAAAAAGUCCAUAACUGACACAUUUCCAUUAGCUCAAUUUCUCGUAGUCCCGUUGCAUUUUGAAAAUAAAUUGUGGGCACUGAACUUCACAAGACGACUUUUCUGGUGGAGAAAUCAGUCCUCCAAGUUGUGCUGGGAAACAAUUUGUUACAAAUAGUGAGCAACUUUCAAGAAUUAAAUCUAACAAAAACUGAAGUUGCUUGCAGUGUUCAAGUAUCCAGAUGGGAGCUAACCCUGGCUAAUCAAAUUGCAGUCGUUGUGAGCAUCUUAUGUUUAGUACUUUCUGUGUGCCUGUUAUGUUUGUCCAGAACAAGAUAGGGCAUUGCUAGAUGAAGUUCACAAUCAUCAUGAAGCCCUUUCCAACCUCACUGCACAUCCAUUGUGAAGUGGUUGUUGGCUAGGUAACACAACACUUCAUUAACAUGGUUGCUUAAUGAUCAAUAACAUUCUCUCAAUAAUGUUCUCAAGUUCAUUUGAACAUUUCUGUCAGUCUUAUUCAUGUGGCAGGAGCAAGGUUAGCUGCAUGGCAGGUUGUUAAGUUGCUUCGCAAGUUAUAUUUUGUUGUUUAAGAAUGAGGAUUUUGCAUCUAAUGCACAUUCGCCUCAUCAUUUUCAAUUCUUACGUUAGAGCACAUCCUUGGCAGUCAUAGAACAUAACCCUAACAGAGCUAUACCGCACAUUCUAUGUGGUGAAGUAAUAAUGCGAAUCAAGUCACUCAACAUCGGCUCCUCUCCUUCAGUUGACGUCAAGUAUUUAAAAUCGUAUUAUUAUUGUUUAUCGUGUCUCCCAAUUGAGGUGUUGAGAAAGUAUUAGCUUUGAAACAUUCAAAAUCUACUUUUAUUGGGUUGUGGAGGAGAAAGAGAGAAUACCAUUGUCUAUCUACAGAGGUGUACAAUCAGUGCAGAAUGACAUAGCCUUCUAUACCUUUUACAUGACACAGCAUUUUGAUUAAUGCAGUCUCAUCACUGUUUUUUUAGCACCCUAGACUAUGUACUACAUGUGAAGGUUUCAAGAACAUUUCAAGCUCCUAGUUAUCAGUUUCUGUUCCUUGUGAUUUGUCAAAAAAGUAUAGAAUUAUAGUGUGUGCACCAUAAGUAGGUAAACGCAGACACAUGAUGCAAACAUAUCGGCCUCCUCUGUUGCAAGGCUUGUUUGUCGGUACAAGUGAACAUUCUCAUGGCAAAAUAUAGCAACAAAAUUUAAGGUAUAUUUAUUUUACCUGACAUUAGCCAUGAAUGAAAGUCCAUAAGUUGGUGCACAAAGUGCUUAGACUGAAAACGCCAUUUGAUAGCACGGUGCUAUUGCUAUCAUUAUUUAGCAGAAUAAUUCAUUCAACCACCACUUGAUCAUCACUUCCUAAUAUAAUUUAUACUUCUUUAGUGUUUUGUAAAAUUUUGAGCUCUAUGCAAACAAAAGACUAACUUUGCUGUAACUGAUCAAUUUGAACUUGAGUUGUUGGUCUUGCUGCAGAACACCCAUUUAUACAAAACAUGACAGACCUCCUGAUUUGCUAUAUUAGUGUUCGUUGUCUCCAGGCCUGUUUGCAUCAGGUACAUCGUAUUCGUUUCUGCAAGUACAAUUAAACCAGUUUCAAAUGCUUAUGUCAGUUACGUUGCAGCAACAAAAAUGCCCAAUUUGCUGCUGUUCUAGCACUUAAGUUAAUUGAGGCAGACAGCCUGUCAACAGUAGAGUUCUCCAGGGUUUUUGAAUAUGUGUGUUUUACAUGACAUUUUGUUGCCUCAUUGUGUACGUCCUUUAAAAAAAAGUAUUUCACCUGUGCUUCUUGGCCCUCUGCCCACCGAAAUGCAUUUAUAUGUGUUCAGAGUCUUCAUUUCAAAGUGGUCCAAAUGCUACUCAUUUUUAGCAUGAUGGAGAUAAGUGUUCAUCAGUGCAUUGGCUCCCUUUAACCACAUACUUUGUACAACAGGUCACAGUUUUUUGCUGAAUUUUCUAUGCUUUUAUUUGAUAAUGCAUCAUUUAUGUGCAAACUUUUUUUUUUAACUCAUGCUGUCACCGUAAAAUAUCUUUUGACACACCUGGUGAAUAAAUUAAGACACAUGCACUUUCGUUCACACACGGUUAUGUUCACAUUUUGCACAAGAAGCUGUGCAAAAUUGCACGCAUACUGGGCGUGUUACCUACAUUUUCAUUUAUUUGCUUAUAAGAGCUUUCUCAGCAAUGUAUCUGCAACUACAGUUGAACCUCGAUGCAGCGAGCAUGGAUAUACUUAACUAAUUAUUCGAUAUAACGAAGUAAAUCUGAAAUGUUUCUUGUCGAUAUCUAUGUGUAAUGAAUAUGUCAGCUGUAUAUCCUUAUAAUGGAUAUUGAAUAUAAUGAAAGUAUUUUCACAUCAGAUGCGACGUCGCUCUACUGAGGUUCAACUGUUAUUACUAUUUAUUACUGCGCUAAGCAUCAUAUUAUUUCAACUCUUUUUUCUUUUUUUGUUUCUUUAGUCACAUUCCUGAAGAAGUAAAUAGGUGGUACUGUUAACCACUGUUCAGCUUUCUUUAUUUUUUCUUCUACUGCCAAUCGAGUUUUCCCAGAUGCACAGUGAAGUUAUUGCUUCUCUCUGCCCAUUUUCUCUAUUAUGUUGAGAGUCACGUGUGUUGUUUUAAUAUUGGCAUUUUCUAUGUGACUUAAUUUAUGCAGGCAGCAGACAGAUGAGUUUACGUAGUGCUGUACCUAGCCUCUUAGUCUUAUAGUCCACACUUUAAUUAUUUAUUAAUCUAAAACACUAUCACCGCUUUGUAAUAUCCUCUCCAAUUACAGUUUUCUCCGCAUUUUCAUGCCAGUGGCAAAAGCCAUUCUGGCUUCUUAUAUUUUCACCGUGUGCGUGGUUGAUGCUGUAAAUUGACGAUUUAGGCAGUAUACGUGUUUGACGUGCUAUUUAUUAGGACUUGCAACAUCUUUCAAGCUAGUGUACCUUCAUUCUUUAUAUAGGUUUAGUAAUGAUUUCAAGUUAGCAGUGUGUUAUUAUUGUUGUAACUGCAACUUUAAAGCUGUUGUAAAUGUCUGAUUUCUUUGUGUAUACAUGCGUGGAUGCUCAUGUAUAUGUUUUGUUUUGUAUGUAUUUAUAAAGCAGCUCGGUGUUUACUUUGGCUAUCAAAAAUACACAAGUGAGGGGUAGCAGGAAAAACAAAGUUGCGCAAAGGCAUUCUCUGAAAGCUUGAAGUGUCACAAAAUGAAGUAUACGUAUGUGCAUUGAACUGGACUGAUGAUGGUUGUGACUAUACUAACAUUUAAGCUAUACGUCGUUGGCACAUUUAACAUGUUGGUUUUAUUCUUUCUCAUGUUUCAGUCUUUUAUGUGCUGAUUUAAUGCAUAGUAUGCUAUGAUUUGUACUGAAGUGCCAAAUGCAUGGCAGAAUGAACGGCUCUCUCUGCUGCGAGCUACCUUUACCGAUGCUGACUUUAUUUGACCAUUGUUGUCUGUAUGUGUGAUCACUCUUUGCCGUAUGUAUGUGUACAUAUUUAUGUUCCAAAUGAAGAAAUUUAUUGCUUUUCAA